GUGAUCUGAAAAACAAAUAAUCUGUGCUGAAUUGAAUUUGGAAUUGAUUUGUUUUUGUAUUUAAUGUGGUGUUUUUUGAUCUGGGUGUUUUUAAUUCUUCUGAAAGGUGUUAGAUUUAGCUUUAAUGGGCGGUGAUAAUUGGUGGUUUUGAAGGGAUUAGAUAGAUAAUAGAUUCUAGCUUCACAUUAUUGGAUUAUGUGUUAUUGGGAGCCAAAAUGACUCUGUUUUUCUUUUUCCCCUUCUUGGAGUGGUUUUUCACUCUAUGCUGUCGACUAUAGCUCUGUUUUGUUGUGUCAGAGAUUUGGUUCUUGCAGCAUGCUAAAAAGGCGGUGCUUUGUCGUGCGGUGCCUGUGUUUGAAUAUAUGAUUGGUUGUGUAUGUUUGUAUCAGUUUGAGGAUGAUUGGUAAUGCGGAAAGAUGGAGAAAGAGAGGAAAGAACUUUACUCCUGUUGUUUCUAUGACGAUUCUGCUUCUUCAUGAAUGUUUUGUAAUGAGAUUGCAAUGUCUUGGCAUAUAUGGGUUCUAAAUCAGUUGAGGAUAUGAUAGAGGCCUCGACAGGGGUCCAUUUUUCUGGGUUCCAUAUGGAUGGUUUGGAGUCAAGAAAUAUUGAGAAGCCUACAACCUCACCGGUUACUGAAAACUUGCUUAAACAACCUUUUGUUAUCGGAGUUGCUGGGGGAGCAGCAUCUGGUAAGACUACAGUCUGUGAUAUGAUUAUUCAGCAACUUCAUGAUCAGCGUGUAGUAUUAGUUAAUCAGGAUUCCUUUUAUCACAAUCUCACUGAAGGGGAACUUGCAAGAGUUCAUGAAUACAACUUUGACCAUCCUGAUGCAUUCAACACAGAGAAAUUAUUAGAUUCUAUGGAGAACUUGAGGCAUGGCCAAGCCGUAGAUAUUCCAAACUAUGAUUUCAAGAGUUAUAAAAAUAAUGUUUUUCCAGCAAGAAGGGUUAAUCCUUCAGAUGUUAUAAUUUUGGAAGGAAUACUCAUUUUUCAUGAUCCUCGUGUCCGAGAGUUGAUGAACAUGAAAAUAUUUGUUGAUACAGAUGCUGAUGUACGACUGGCAAGGAGAAUAAGGCGUGAUACAGUUGAGAAGCACCGAGAUAUUGGUGCUGUUCUUGAUCAGUAUUCAAAAUUUGUGAAGCCUGCUUUCGAUGACUUUAUACUUCCAACAAAGAAGUAUGCAGACAUUAUCAUUCCCCGUGGGGGAGAUAACCAUGUAGCAAUUGAUUUGAUCGUGCAACAUAUUAGGACAAAGCUUGGCCAGCAUGAUCUCUGUAAAAUCUACCCAAACCUAUAUGUCAUUCAAUCAACUUUUCAGAUACGAGGCAUGCAUACCCUCAUUCGUGACUCUCAAACAACGAAACAUGACUUUGUUUUUUAUGCUGAUCGGUUGAUUCGCUUGGUUGUUGAACAUGGGCUGGGACAUCUGCCAUUUACAGAAAAGCAGGUGAUCACUCCAACUGGGUCUGUAUAUACAGGUGUGGAUUUCUGUAAGAGGUUAUGUGGUGUCUCUGUUAUUAGGAGUGGUGAGAGUAUGGAGAAUGCUUUGCGAGCAUGUUGCAAAGGUAUCAAGAUUGGCAAGAUUCUUAUUCAUAGGGAAGGUGACAACGGUCAGCAGCUUAUUUAUGAAAAAUUACCACAAGACAUCUCAGAAAGGCAUGUGCUGCUACUGGAUCCGAUUCUAGGCACAGGCAAUUCAGCCGUUCAAGCUAUUUCCUUACUUAUUAAAAAAGGUGUACCCGAGUCCAACAUCAUAUUUCUCAAUCUCAUAUCCGCACCUCAAGGCGUACAUGUGGUGUGCAAAAGCUUCCCAAGAUUAAAGAUUGUGACAUCUGAGAUUGAAAUUGGUUUAAAUGAAGAUUUCCGUGUUGUCCCUGGUAUGGGUGAGUUUGGAGAUCGAUAUUUUGGAACAGAUGAUGAUGACCAGCAAGUGGUGGCCCCUAAGCAAUAG